AUGUGUGAACGAUCAUCAUUAUUUCUUGUUGAAGCAAAAUUAAUUAUAUAUGAUCUUUUAAAACGUACUUUAGAAUUAUUCGAUUUAUGUUUUUAUUUAGUUGAACAUUAUCGUAUUGAUAAUUAUUUUUUUGAACGUGAACAAAAACGUGAUUAUCAUUAUUAUUCUAUUUAUAAAUCAUGUAAAUUAAAUUAUAAUAUUAUUUCUGAUAUUGAUAAUUAUCUUCAUCGUUUAUAUGUAUCAUGUCGUUUAAUAAAAAGUAAUUUACGUUCAUUAUAUGCAACUCGAAUAUUAUCAUCAAAUGAUUAUAUUGUUAUUGAUGAUGAAAUUUAUGAAUUAAUUAAAUUUUUUCAAUUAAAAAUUAAUAAACAAUUAUAUCAAUUUCAAUCAAUAGAAAAACAAACAACAAAUAAAUUAAAACAAACUAAUGAAAUUUUAAAUAAAAGAUAUCAUUCACAACGUAUGAUUCAUUAUUCAAAAACAAUUGAAUCAUUUGUAUUUCUUCCUCAAACUUUGAAUUAUAAUAAUAAUAAUAAUAAUAAUUCUCAACCAAUGGAAGAAUAUCAUAAUAUAUUAAUAUUAUUUCGAAAAAUUUCUCAAUUUUAUCAAUUAAUUAUUGAUGAAUUAUAUGGUGUUCAUCAUAUACGAGAUUCAUAUAUUCUUCAACCAAUUGCAAUUAAUAUUAUUCGUUUACUUUUAUUGAUUACAAAUAAAUUAAAACAAUAUGUUAAAAUUAAUUCACCAAUGAUUAUUUAUAAUAAUCAUUUACGUAUAAAACAAAAUGAAGAAAUUUGUCAUAAAGAAAAGAAAACAAAAUAUAAAUUAAUUGAAAUUCAACCAACUAAUAUAAAUACUUUAAUAUCAUCAAAAUCUUCAAAUUAUGAACUUGUAAAAGAAGAAACUAAUGAUAAAAAUAUUGAAUAUAUUCGAAAUGAUAAUUAUUCAUCAAAUAUAAUACAAAAAGAUCAAACAAAUUUAUUAGAUUUUGAUGAAGAUGAAUUCUAUCGUUUAGCUAAUCUUGAACGAGAUGAUUAA